AUGAACCCAUCUGCCUUGCUCAACAAGCAUACUCCCGAUGGAACACUGCUGCUCGUUGAACUCAUUGGCAGCGGGUCCUUUAGUCUCGUCUAUAGAGCCCUUAGUGUCGACAACGGGACUGAGUAUGCUGUAAAGUGUCUAUUCAAAGUCAAUCUCAACCCUCAUCAACUGGCCAUACAACGCCAAGAAGCUUCCAUUCUAUCCAUGCUGCCACCACAUAUAAACCUCAUCCAACUGGAACGAGUGAUUGAAUCCCCUCAUGUCCUGUUCCUGGUCUUUGAAUAUCUCUCAAAUGACUUGUUUGAUACCAUCAUGGCCGCGCAAAAUAGCAAGGAACAGGGCUUAUCUGAUGAGGCUGUUCGAGAUAUGAUGCUCCAAAUCUGUUCUGCUGUGAAGCACUGCCACGACAAUGGAAUCUACCAUCGCGACAUCAAACCUGAAAACAUCUUGGUCAAGGUCGAUAAUGAUGAUGGUGGAAGGCCUAUAUUGAAACUGGCAGAUUUUGGGCUAGCAACGAUGCAGAGCUUCUCCAAUGACAUCGGUGUCGGCUCAUUGAGGUAUCAAUCGCCUCAAGCCCUCAGGGGAUCAACAUCGCAGCGCACAACUCCAGACUCGUCAUCAGCAUCAGUAAUGAGUCAAUCGUCAAAACUAAGGAGGAGUGAUUCUGUAUGUUUGUCUCCUUCUCCUAUGGGAUACUGGGGUGCCACGAACGAUGUGUGGGCUCUGGGUGUUGUAUUGAUCAACUUGAUUACUGGUCGCAAUCCUUGGGCAGCCGCCAUGCAAAGUGAUCCUACGUUUGCCGCGUUUUGUGAUUAUGAUAAAGACAUCCUGAAUCGAGAGUUUGGGCUGUCCGAUGCUACUGCCUGUAUCAUGCGAGGUGUAUUUGAGCAUGACGAGGAUGCCCGACUAUCAAUGAAUGAACUGAUGCAAGCCAUCAAAGCCGCACCCAGCUUCCGAAUGAAACCAAUACGUGAUAAAACAGGCCGCUAUACCACCGACGAGAUUCCAAACUUGGAAAUGGUGUCAUCCUAUACCCAACCACACCACUUUAUCAUAUCACAAUCACCAUCUCCAACACGCAAAACAAAUCCAAUCUCGAUUACCACAAACUCUUGGAACUCUCGUGCUGCUGCAUUUCAACCAAAGAUUGGAAUUGCAGCUGCCAGAUCAUAUAAACAAUCUUCAUGGAGUAGCGAUUUGGAUGACAUGAACUGGGAAGCUUUACCGCAAUUUGAUGAAUCUGGAACGGCAAUCAAGGAUGCAGGUCUGGCUCGUAUAGAAGAUGAUGAGGAUGUAGAUAGUCAAGAAGGAAGCUCUCAGGAAGCAGCCACUCCACGUUUAUCAGACGACGACGACCUGCUAUUCUCAUUUGAUCAUACGUCUAUAUCCAGAGCCGUGGAAUCACGUACUAUGCAAGAUUUUCACGAUGAAGGUAUACUAGGCAAGAAGAACCGUGGCUCUGUCGAAAGUUUUGAUGAUAAGGCAAGGAAGGUCAUUAAGGGGGCAGUCUCUAGCCUGGAAAGCUGGGCAAAAUCCUGGGAGUCGUCUGUUGCAGUUGGUGGAAAGGACAAUACAAGGUAG